UCUAAGCGGACAAGCUGCGGGAAGGAGGAAGUCCGGACCCCGGGAUCCGGUCCAGGCGCGGCGGGGCCUGGUGUUUGGGACCAGACAGUCGUGCGCGUGUGCUCUGGAGAGCACCGAUGAGCUACUUAACUUUUUGCAGGGUUUGGUCUCCCCUCACCUAAGGGCAAAACUCCCGGGAAGUCGGCACAUGCCAAGGAAAAAUGAGCUCGAGGUUGACCGCCCACAGGCGCGGGAGUGAGGCUGAGCCAGGAGACGGGGUGAUGGCUGCGGGGUCCCGCGGCGCCGCGCCCUGCCUGCGAGACGGACUUCUCAUAGUGAAAGUGGAGGAAGACUCGGCCAGAGACCCGGAAUCCCACCUGCCCGGGGGCUGGCAGGACCCAGAAACUUUCCGACAGCAUUUUAGGCAGUUUCGUUACCAGGAGGCGGCUGGGCCGGAAGAGGCGCUGAGCCGGCUCAGGGAACUUUGUCGUCGCUGGCUGCGGCCCGAGAUGCGCACCAAGGAGCAGAUCCUGGAGCUGCUGGUGCUGGAGCAGUUCCUGACCAUCCUGCCCGAGGAGCUGCAGGCCUGGGUGCGGGAGCACUGCCCGGGGAGCGGGCAGGAGGCCGCGGCCGUGGUGCAGGCUUUUCAGAGAGCGCUUGUCGGGGCCACGCCGCAGGGACUGGUGACAUUCGAGGAUGUGGCCGUAUCCCCAACCAGGGAAGAGUGGGAGCAGCUGGACCCAGCUCGGAGGGACUGCUGCACGGAGACCACGCAGAAGGAUUAUGGGGACGCGCUUUCACUGCGUUUGGAAACUAGAACUGAGAACAGAGAGUUGAUUCCAAAGCAAGAAAUUUUAGAAGAAGCAGGACAACAGGGACAGCUACAGGGAGAGUCCCCAAUAAAGGGUCCCCUGUUUUCUGAGUAUGGUGAUACCCACGAGGACAAGGUAGAAAAGGAGAAAAGAAACCCCUCCAAGCUGAAAGUUGAAAAUUCCGAAGAGCAAGGAUUCACCAGAGUGUUGGAUCUCAACAAGAAUGGUUCCACUGAAGAGGAAGAUUGUAAAAAGAGUGAAUUUGGAAACAGGGCCAAAAGUGCAAAUUCUGUUCUUUACCAGCCCAGCCAGACAACAGAGAGGCCUAUUAAUGGUGUUGCCAGUGGGAACAGUUGCAAACAGAGUUUAGAUGUGGUGAAAAGUCAGAUGGUGAAAUCUCACACAUCUGUUGGUAGUGAGGAAAAUUUCCAUAGCUCUGGCCUUUUUGGGACCCAGAGGCGGUUCCGUGAAGAAAGACCUUAUAAGUGUGAUGACUGUGAGAAAAGUUUCAAACAGCGUUCUGAUCUCUUUAAACACCAGAGAAUCCACACUGGUGAGAAACCCUAUGUAUGUCAAGAAUGUGGGAAAAGCUUCAGUCAGAGUGCUGCCCUGAUUAAGCAUCAGAGGACUCAUACAGGCGAAAAGCCAUAUAUGUGUCCUAAAUGUGGGGAAAGCUUCAGACAGAGCUCCCAUCUAAAUCGGCAUCAAAGAAUCCACUCAGGAGAGAAAUACUAUAAAUGCAACGAAUGUGGGGAAACCUGCCAUAUUUCCAACCUUUUUAGACAUCAGAGACUACAUAAAGGGGAGAGACCCUACAAAUGUGAAGAAUGUGAGAAGAGCUUCAAACAGCGCUCUGACCUCUUUAAACAUCAGAGAAUCCACACAGGAGAGAAACCUUAUGGAUGUUCUGUUUGUGGGAAAAGCUUCAGUCAGAGUGCAACCCUUAUUAAACACCAGAGAACUCACACUGGAGAGAAACCUUAUAAAUGUCCUGAGUGUGGGGAAAGCUUUAGACAAAGUUCGCACCUUAUCCGACACCAAAGAAUCCAUAGAAAUAAAAUCUCAUCGUUUUGACAUGCUUCUGCAUGAUCUAUUUUGUUGGUUGUUUUCAAUGUAUAGAACUAUAUCCUUUGGUAUUUGGAUUAUGUCAGCCACUCAUGGAUCAUAUUUCCUUGGGUUUUUCACACAAAAUAGAGUCAGUCUGACUUGAGUCUCUCAACACAUACUAUUGCAAUGAAGGAAGAAUGUAUAAGUAGGGUGUCCCCACACAAGAUGAGGUGGUUCUGUGUAAGAGACUUCUGAUUAUAAGAAAAAGGCUGACGUGUACAGAAUUCUGUUUAUGUCAUCAUUUCACUCUUCCUACUUUUGCUUUUGGAUCAAAUCUUGCCCACUCCAAGUACUUCCCUAAGGAUUUAUUUUUAGUCACUUGACAUCUUUCUACCAAAUGGAGGAGAGGACUUUACUUCAUAAGUCUUACAGCCACUUGUAAAGUUCAGUGUCUACAAGAGGCAUUCUAUUUUUCAAUUUUAAAAAAAUUAACUAUGCAUCAUUCCUCUCUUUCCCAUCCAAGAAGUCUAGGGGUUCGGUUUUAUAACUUUUGUUGAUUUCUUUGAAAACAAGAAAUGCAAAGCAAAUCCUCCCGAUACACACACAUGUGAAUUCUGUCAUUUCCUUGUCACAGCUUAUUAAAUAGGGUAACUUUUAGUUCCUGAAAAAGGUCAAAACUAAACCUUUCACUAAGAGUUUUUGUGGGUCCUUGUGAUAUCAGAAAUCCUAAAAUAUGCUUUCUUCCAUAGAGGAUUCUUAAUGUCUGGGACAUAAGGAAGUGUUCCCACAGGAUUUCCUUGGGGGCACUCCAAAAGGGAAAGACUCCGGGGCCAGAAGCUCCUUCAGUUCUUGCUUGUUAGUAGUGGUUGUUGGUAUUAUGUAUGACUCUGGUCAGAAAGUGCAUUCACAGACAUUCUUCUAUUUGGUUUCCAAGCAAUCCUAUGAAGUAAGUAAGAACCAUUGUCAUCCCUGGGUACAAAGAAAGACACUGAGACUGAUGCUUGAUGCUUUAAGAUUUCAGGUGAUCUGACUGUUCGACCAAUAAACUUAAGCACACUGCCCCUACACACACAUCUUGCAUUAGUGAAUGGCCCCCUCCCCACAAUUUGGUUACUGCAUCUCACCCCCCUCGGCCUCUCUGCUCCAGCCAGAGCAUCUUUGCAUGGUGAACUGUGGACCCCAGUAGAGGGGAUGGAGGAGCAGUGGGUGCAGGUGUAUACACUCAUGUCAUGACCCAAAAUACAAGCUCUCAAUGAGGUUUAAACUUGAUCACUCUUCUACUUUCCAGCACUAUCAUUUUUUCCACCCCUGUAAACAAAUGAAGGAAGGAUGUAGGGUUGGCUUUAUUGUCCCUGUUGGGUUAAACUGUAGGCGCAUGACUUGUCUAAGAACUCAGGUUAGAACCUAACUCUAUCCUAUCAUCUUCCAAAUUCUUCAUUCAGAUCACAUCUUAUAUCCAAAUUCUUUUAGAACCUUUAUUUUUUAAAGUCAAGGGAUAUAAGCACGUUAUUGGAAAUUUGGAAAAAUAGUAGAGGAAAAAUUACCUGUAGUUUCACCACCCUGAUCUACCUGUUACUGGCAUUUUGAUGGCUUUUUUUUUCCUUCUGAUUUUUUACUCUUUAAUUUUUAAAGAAUAACAAUCAUAGUGCAUAUAUAUUUUAUAUCUUUAAAUUUAACAAUAUGCCUUAGGGUAUUACAUGGUCUUUGUAACCAUCCUGUUUAAUGGCUUUGUCACUUUCAUCAAGUGGGUGUAACGAUGGGACCAUUUUCCUUUAAUUGGACAUUUCAGGCAUUUUUAACUUUUUAUUGUCAUCAGCAAUCUGUAUUGAAUGUAAUUUUAGAAUAACUUGAAUUGUUCUUUAGAAUCUAAGGUUGGGUGCCCAGAAGUUGAAUUCCUGAUCUGUGUGUAAACUUUUAUGUAUUUUUACAGCUCUUCCCAAUUGCCUGCCCCCAAAGGGAGUGCCUAAUUAUACUCUAUUUUGAGACAUUCACUCUACCCUUUGUCACCUUACCUAGUUUAAUUUUUUUUCCCUAAAUGGACAAAAAACAAAAACAAAUUAAUCACCUUUUAGAACUCCCCUCCACUGCAGUUACCAUAGAAUAAUGUAGGUUCUCUCCUUUGACCUUUAUAGCCAACUGGAGGGAAUUGUGAGAAAGCUGGCAUAGGUGUAGUAAGGCUUUAGAGUGUCAUACUGAGAAACUAACUUUUAUUUCAGUGAGAUUCAGUAAGAGUACUGGGCUGAGAGUGAUGAGAUGUGUCCUAAGUAUCAGUUUAAGUAUACCCUGAGCUGUGUCACUUUGAGAAAGAGGACAAGGACCCAAUAAAUAGUUAUAAGAUUGCUUUUUUUUCUGUACAGCAAUUCCUUUGCUCUACUUCUGUUUUAUCUAUUGGCUUUCCCAUGUAAGAAUCAAAGGAGAAAGCCCUAAAAGUUAUGCCAGUAUAUCUCCCAGGCUUAUCAAUACAAUUUACCCAAUUUCAUAGAGCUAGUAAGGGAUCAAGCCAUAUUAUAAUCUGGUACAGGCUUUUGACCCUAGCCUAGUAUUCUUUUUAUUAUAUAAAUUGCAAACUCACAAUGCACUGUCAUCUCUGCAUUUCUAGUUUUUCCUCCAUUUUUGCCUUUUUCCUAUACCUUUUCCUAGAGACAUUUACUGUUGCUUAAAUGCUACUUGAAUUUUCCACAUAUUUCCACAUAUAUGCCUUUUGCCAGAUGUUUCCUCUGCUUAGAAUCCCAGCUCCCAUUCCGCAGUCCCCAAAUCAUCAAAUUAAUAAAGGAAAUUAAAGUCCCCAAUCUAAUGAAAACAAUUUUAUAACGUCUCUUCUCAAUGAUCCCACCCUAAGACAUUUCCGUUACUAUAACGCUAUCUGUAGGUUUUGCUUAGUGCUUACCCUGCAAACUGAUACCUACUCUAAGUUAACGUGAUCACUGGAUUGUAAAGCGUGAGAACAACCUCAUUACUCUUUAUAUUCUCUCACAGCA